CUAGUGAUUGGAUUUAUAUGUUUAUUCUGAUCGGAAUAUUCAAAUGAUUUUCAUCGAAUGACUAUUCAUUUAUUGUAUUUUCAUGUAAAUAGGGCAAGAAAGUUCUAUGGAAAAAUGGCGAUUCCAUUCGAUGUUGUUUAAUGGGGAGUUAGAAUACAGGUGUAGGCUAAGUAAAUCAAUGGACAGCCUCGGUCCUUUUGAAAAUACCAGUGUAAGUGAAGAUCCAAUUAUAAAUGAUAUGGAUAAAGACAUUUUAAAUUGUAAUGACAAGUCUAAUUACAGUAAUGUUGAUCAUUUAGUCAGCGACAGAUACAUUCGGAAUUUCAUAUCUGCUGACACUUUUUUCGUUAGGGAUAGUAAUAGGGACAGCUAUUCCAUAUAUUUUGAUAUUGAAAAUAAAAAUUUUGAUAUUGACAACGACCGUUCUUUUCUAAGUGAACUAAAAAGCUCUUUUUAUAGUUAUCAGACUUCUAGUUAUAUAAAUAAUGCACCUAAAAGUAACGAUACUCGCCACGAUCGUUACGUGUAUGAUACUAAUUCUCAUUAUAUUUGGAAUAAUCACAUUAAUAGUUGCAUUGACAGUUAUCUUCGUUCUCAAAUUUGUAUUGAUAGUUAUAUUUUAAGCAAUAGUGACAAUUACAGUGACAGCUACAUUUAUAGUUACAUUUGUAGCGAAAGCGUAAAUAGUAGUAAAAGCGAGAGUUCCAGUAUAAAAACUAGCACAGAUGGUAGUGAUUUUACUAUAAGUUCUAAUAAUUUAAAUGUAACUCAAAAAUACAGGCAUUUGUGGAUUCAAUGCGAAAAUUGUUAUGGAUUAAAUUAUAAAAAAUUUUUAAAAUUAAAAAUGAAUAUUUGUGAACAGUGUGGAUGUCAUUUGAAAAUGAGUAGUUUCGAUAGAAUCGAACUUUCGAUUGAUCCCGGUACUUGGGAUCCUAUGAACGAAGACAUGGUCUCUCUGGAUCCCAUUGAAUUUCAUUCGGAGGAGGAACCUUAUAAAAAUCGUAUUGAUUCUUAUCAAAAAAAUACAGGAUUAACUGAGGCCGUUCAAACAGGCACAGGCCAACUAAAUGGUAUUCCCGUAGCAAUUGGAGUUAUGGAUUUUCAGUUUAUGGGGGGUAGUAUGGGAUCUGUAGUGGGCGAAAAAAUCACACGUUUGGCCGAGUAUGCUACCAAUCAAUUUUUACCUCUUAUUAUAGUGUGUGCUUCCGGAGGAGCACGCAUGCAAGAAGGAAGUUUGAGCUUGAUGCAAAUGGCUAAAAUAUCUUCUGCUUUAUAUGAUUAUCAAUCAAAUAAAAAGUUAUUUUAUGUAUCAAUCCUUACAUCCCCUACCACAGGUGGGGUGACGGCCAGUUUUGGUAUGUUGGGAGAUAUCAUUAUUGCCGAACCCAAUGCUUACAUUGCAUUUGCGGGUAAAAGAGUAAUUGAACAAACAUUGAAUAAGACAGUACCUGAGGAUUCACAAGUGGCUGAAUAUUUAUUCCAUAAAGGCUUAUUCGAUCCAAUCGUACCACGUAAUCCUUUAAAGGGCGUUCUGGGUGAGUUAUUUCGACUACAUGCUUUCUUUCCUUUGAAUCAAAAUUAGAUCAAGUAGGGCCUUAGAGUCUUAAUUUAAUAAGAGUAUUAAUUUAUUAAAACUUAAUAAAAUUUUUUAUGUGUGGUGAUCAAGUAGUUAUUUAAUUUAUAGGAAUCAAGGUAAAAAUACGAAGAAUGGAUUUUUUCUUUGGUAACAUAAGAUUUAAUUGUAGAAAGAAUCAUCCAGAUCAUCUUUUUAUCGAUAUUCCUGGUUACUAACCAGGAAAUCCCUAUUAAACAAAAUAAAAGAGUGAAUUCUUUCUUCCGUGAAAUUGGUUAACAGGGUCUUGCAUCUUUCUAUAUCUCCCCAAAAUCACCCCCCCCCCCCCCUAAAAAUCCUUUUUGUGGGGUCGUAUUAUUAUAAUGAAUUCUUUGAGAAUUUGUAAUAAAUCCUUUCUUUAGUAAAUUUUAAAAAAUUAUUAAAUUUA